UUCGCGUUGCGGAAGUUUGAGUGGUUGGGGAGUGCGGGAGUGUAGGAUUUUUCUGGUGUAAUUCAGUGGCUUUAGACCGACAACUCACUGCUUCUGGGCAGCAGUUUCCGGUAAAGGCGGCGUUUGCUGCUGGUAGUUUGAUGUGUAAGUUGCUCUGAUGUGCGCGGGAGGGAGAAGCCGCCGCAGCGCUCAGCGAUGGACCUUUCCGUCAAAUGCAUUUUCCUAUUCGUUCUGCAAGUCUUCGCAGCCAAUGGGUACCAAGGAUCUGGAUAUUCACCACUAGAAGAUGAUGAAGAUGUUUAUGCAAAUGAAGCACGUUACGCUAGAUAUAAAGAUACUCCCUCGUGCUCUCCUUUAAAAGUCAAAAAUGGUUUUGCCAAUUGCAGAACCCCACGAGGUGAAUAUUACAGAAAUGCACAAGGAACAACCUGUGAUAUUUCUUGUCGGAAAGGAUAUGAAGUCCACGGAAUCACCCGUGUGACAUGUUUAUCGACUAAACGCUGGUCAGGAAACGUGUUCUGCAGAGAAAUAAGAUGCCCUAAAUUUUCUUUGCCACUCCAUGGAGGUGUGAAGUGUUCAGAUGGAACAUUUUUUAACUCCAGAUGUGAGUUUUACUGUACACCUGGAUACCAAGUUAAGGGACAGAAAACUGUGACGUGCAUGUACAACAAAGUGUGGAAUGGAAGAGAACCAUCCUGUCUUGAUUUGGAACCACCGAAAAUAAAAUGUCCCCAUUUCAAAGAGAAGACAGCUGAACCAGAGAAGUUGACAGUUCGAGUGACCUGGGACACUCCUGAGGGAACAGACACCGCAGAUGGCAUUUUGACAAACGUUAUUUUAAAAGGCCCCCCUUCUGGAUCAGAAUUUCCUGAGGGUGAACACAGAAUUCAAUACACAGUUUUUGAUGGGGCUGGAAAUAAGGCCUCAUGCAAGUUUACAGUUAAAGUUCGUGUUAGGCGUUGUGGGAAGCUUACUCCACCUGAAAAUAGUUAUAUGAAGUGCUCCAGUGACGGGGAUAACUAUGGUGCAACCUGUGAAUUUUUCUGUAUGAGUGGAUUUGAUCUACAAGGAAGCAAAGCUACCGUGUGUCAGUACAGUUACAGCUGGUCAGGACCUGUGCCAGUCUGUACACUCAUGCGCUUUAAUGUGCGCGUUGCUACAGCAACAGCCCUUUUGGAUCAAUUCUACGAGAAACGUCGAUUACUGGUUAUAUCCACUCCUUCUGGCGCAGAUUAUUAUUACAGGUUCCAGUUAGGAUUGCUCCAGCACGUUUCAUGUGGCCUAGACUUGAGACAUGUCACUGUCAUCGAACUAGUUGGUGUUUACCCCGUGCAAAUAGGGAGAAUGAGUGAACAAUUUUUAUCACCAUCACUUGUUUUGCAACUGAGGCUAUUGCAUCAGAUUUCACAGCGGAAUUUCAACAUGGUCCUUUUUGACAAAAAUGGCAUGGACAAAGAGCGUUACCCUUUCCCAGUCACUCCUGCAGAGCUCUUCACUUUGAUUGAUACAUUUCCCUUGCGAAAAGAAGAAAUGAAAUUGCAAGCUGCAAAUGGCCAAUCUUGCAAUUGAUUUCCACAAAUCAGUUUCAAUCUUCAGUGGCCAACAGCAGUUUGGUGGAUGUAUUUUGCAAGUUGUAAGCGCAAAUUGGAAAGUUCUAUUAUUCCAACAUUAUAAAAGUAAUAGUUACUGAUUCUCUGGAGCUCUUUGUUGUAUUUUGCUAAAAUGCAGCGUGCUGUUUAAUAUUAUGCGUAUAAAUUAUUGUGCAUAUUUUCAUCUACAUCCUACUUCCAAUUAAAGCUACACUAUAUCAUGUGAUAAAGAUUUGAAAAUACUGUAAUAGGCUGACUAGGUUUGCAAAUGUUCCAGAAAUAUUCAUUUUUACUAUUUUUCUGCAGUUCAAGAAGUACAGGUUUUGGACUUUAGUGCUAUAAUGAGCAUUUUUUUAUCAAUUCUUAUAACCAGAAAGUUUCAGCUUCUCUUCCUUCACCCAUAAUGGUUCAGCAGCUGCCCUUUCAAAUCAGUGAAAAAUAAAAAAAGGCAUCCUGCAGCCUGAGUACAUAUUGUAACUGUGGGCGAUGAUAACUUUUACACUGAAGAAAAUGAGGCCACUUUAGGUGGUAUUAAUUAUGGUUCACACAUUGAAAUGCACAUUUAAUAAUAUAACAGGAAAUGUUUUAUACAGCUGAAUUUAAUUAUUGAGGUUGAGGGGGAGAAGAAACUGAUCCAAUCAGCCAUGUGUUUGAGUUGUGAAACACCAUGGAGCACUAUAAAUCAAACAAAGUGAGAUUUACUUCUGCUGACCCAUGCAAAGAAAUAUCAUUCAGGUAAUAUUGCCUUACAUUAUUCUGAGAAGACCAUUUGGAAUUAGAAGGAAGUGCAACAAUUAAAGGGGGAAAUAGUUUAUCUGUUGCAACUGAAAUGAGCCAAGACACCGGUUGUGAGAACAUAAAAAUAAAGGCCGUACUCCACAAAAAAUAUUUCUGACAUUUGUUUCUUUAAUGUGAUGAAAAACACCACAGGUAUAAUUUUUGAUUCUAGUGUAUACUUUUAGGCAAGUGUGUAGUCUCCCUCACUGCACUCUUGCAUAGCAUUAUUAAAUAAAAAGCAAACACAUUUUAAAAAUAUGUUUUUUCUGUGCAUUGUUUACUAUAUCACAGGAAUUUGUUAAAUACUAGAAAAAUGCAUAUGUAAUACAAUAUAAAUAUCAUUCAUCAAUAUAUGUUACCAUAAUCUGUGCUAAAAAAUACUGCUUAUUUUAUUAAUUUUCAUUUCUGGCACUCAUUGGAGGUCAUUUGGUGGUUCAGGGCAUUGUUGUGCACUUUGUGGAAUUUCAGCUCCAGGAUGUCUGAUGUGCUGUGAUUUGAUAUGAAGCUUUUGGGUCAAUGAAUUUGAUGAAAGGUUUAACUAAUAUAUAAAAAUAAUCAGCUUCAGAAACACCUGUCACAUUUACUUUGGUUGUCAUUUUCUGCUCUUCAUUACCACAGUUGUACACUAACACAUUCAUUGUUAUAAGGCAUGUACAUUGUUCAUGCUCAUUCAAGUAGUAAAUCUGCAUAAUUGCAUGAGCAUAACUUUCAACUGCUUUCAGUUGGGCUUUUACUCUCUACUUUUAAGUCAGAAUAUAGUGUA